UCUUUUAGUCAUAAUCCACCCAUCGAUUCUGGUGAUGGCUUCCGAUGGUGAACAGGUGCCCGAUGAUCUAUGCUGACAGUGUUUUUUGGGGUUCUAUUAACGAUUUGAGUGGCUGCAAGUAAACACAUUCAAGAUGAUGGAAAAGAGGAUCCGACUUCGGUCAGUUAAUGCUCACAUCACUUGCAGCCUGUGCAAAGGCUAUCUUAUUGAUGCUGCUACCAUCACAGAAUGUCUUCAUACAUUUUGCAAGGCAUGUAUUGUAAAAUACUUUGAGGAAAACAACACAUGUCCAAAAUGUCACAUUGUCAUCCAUCAUAGUUAUCCUUUGAAUUAUAUAAGUUUUGACAGAACAAUGCAGGAUAUUGUGUACAAACUUGUUCCUCAUCUACAAGAGAAAGAGAUGAAGCGACAGAUAGAAUUUUACAAAAAAAGAGGACUUCCUCCACCUAAUUAUACAGGGAAUGAUGAAAAUAGCAACGAGCGAAGCAAGACACCAGUGGCAAUGAAUGGUGAGGAGCAGGACUUUCACCGCAGUGAUGAGCAGAUCAAUGUCUGUCUGGAGUGCGUGACAGGCAGCAUGCGCAAUCUAAAGCGCAGAUUUCUUCGUCUAUCCUGCCAGGCAACAAUCAUGCAGCUGAAAAAAUUUAUUGCCCUCAAAAUUUAUAACAACAUGACUCGCUUUAAAGAUGUUGAUAUUUUGUGCAAUGAAGAAAUUCUAGGGAAGGACCACACAUUGAAAUUUGUUUCAGUAACAAGAUGGAGAUCAAAAGACACACCACUGUUGCUUCACUACAGACAGCGUGUUGCAGAGUUGUGACCCUAUCACUUGUUAGUUCCUGUUAAGUAAAGGCAAACUAUGGGUGCUGAUAACAUCAGAACUCCUUGCAGAUCAUGAUUAUUACAUCAUCACCCCACAAUCACUCUCAAGCUUUUAUUUUCUCAUCUCUUGAAUUCAGACUUUAAAGAGGGGUGAGAAAUGAAGGUUCAGUGCAAGAUUCUGUAUUCCCAAAUCUGGGUGAAUACCCUCUUACAUUCUCCAGAUAAAAUCUUCAGAGAUCACCAUGCAUGCUUGAUGUCUUGACGUCACAGAGUGCCUAAUUAACAUAUUGUCCCAACUCUGCCAUUGGCUGAGUCCUUGACAACGUAAGUAUAUCCAUAUCCAUGCAUUAUCCUAAUGUCUGUAGACUUCAUUCUAAGCAUAGUAAUGUUUGUAGAUGUGUAUCUCAAGAAUGAAGAUGUGGGAAAAUAUUUCACAAUGAACUUCACCCAAACGUAAGAUAAAAAAAAUUUGCACCCCAUUAAUUGUUAGACAAUAAAUGCCUUUAUCAUAAUCAUACAUGCACAUACAGCAGAACCUCCGAAGACCUUCUGGUUGAAACUUAUCUCUUAGACAUGAUCAAUAUCAUUCUGAUGGCUAUAUCUUGCUUUAUAAAUAAUCUCUAUUUAAAUACCUUAUUUAUUACAUUUUAGAAUUAACUGUUUUGUUAUGUUAUAACUUUAUGUGGAAAUCUGGUGUUCAAGUAGAUAUGAAAAGAGAUUGCUAGCAACUGUAUGCUCUAUUGCAACUUUAACAUUGCAAAAUGACAGGUUUGAGUAGAGAGACUGCUUGUGACAAAACAUUGUGCUCUGUUGCAACACCCUGCAGAAAUCACAGAAGUCAAUUUUAAAAGAGACUGAUUGUGAUUGAAAAGCUAUGGCUAUAAAGAGAGUCAACUCAUUGAUACUUUUCAUGCAUCAGAACACACAUUUUCUACUAUUACAAGUUUCUUUUAAAUUUAAGAAAGUUUUAGCAAUAGACAAAGUAUUCAGUAAACAUAUUUUGUUGUUAAAUUUGAAUUUACAAAUUCUGUAAUUUGUAGUGGUUUCAAGUUGUGGUUCAUGAGAGCAAUAAAUUUUCCCUGCUCAUACCCUUUCAAGUUUGUAACAGGGAGGUUCUACUGUAUAUAGUCAUUCACAUACACAUCCGUCAAACCUCAUUAUCAUGCCAGUUUUUAUGAUUCUGCAAAUUCCUUGUCAGGUUUAUGUCAGAACUUCCAGAGAUUAUGCUGUGUGUUACUGUAUAUAAAAGUAUUGUAGUUGUUGCCUUUACAUAAAGCCCUAAGGUCUGUUUGCAAGAACUAUUUAUUCUGGUAUUUAUGUGCUGUAUGUGGUGUGCAUUAAAAUUGUGGUAAAUUAUAAAUGUCAUUCUCUUGUACCAAGUGUUUAUGACAUACAGUGUUACUAGGUUCUCGUGCUUAUGUGCUGAUGUAUCCUCACCGAAAGCUUUCAAGUGCCAUAUUUUUCUUACUGCCCUCCCCUCCAUUUACAGUACCUUAAACCCCUAUAUUUUCUGCACAACUGGUUAUUUCCAAUGAUAUUUAAUUGCAAGACUGCACUGGAGGAUUGGCAAGGAAAUCACAUCAUGAAUUCAUCUAAGUAAUAUGUUUCACCUUUUUUUUUUCUCUGCAAAAACAAGCAAUGUACAGGAGUGAUGUACAAGUGAAACUUCAUAUGAGCAAGCCAAUCUUGAGCAGAGAAAACCAUUAAGCCACCAUAAUUAUUUCUGUAGGCAUGGUUGGGAACCUUUUGGGGUUUUUUUUUUCAACCGAAGGCUAUGUUGAUAUUUAUGACAUCAUUUACGGACCAUCAAGAAAUUAUCAACUUCAAAAGUGUGUGUACACUUCUGCAAUGUGCACUCUCCCACUUUGAUACUAUCUUCUGAAUUGCCCCAAUAUAGGCAGGAGGGCAGCUGUUGAGAAUCAUGUCUAUCCCGUUUACACUAUUAUUAUAUGACUCAAUAUACAUUUAUGAAAAUAGCUGCUAGAUUUAUUCCGAGUUCCACUAGUGGUUGCCUUGGCAGAUCCAGACAUUCCCCACCCCAGCUGAGAGUUUCUGUGAAAUGUUCAUUCGUCUCAUUUCAUUACAGUUUUUUCUAGUCUCCAUCUAAAAUCUUUUACAAAUUAUUUUUGUGUAAAGAUCUUAUAUACAUUUAUAUGUUGGUGAAAGUUCUUUAUCUCAGUGUGUCAAAGUGAUGCACACUUUGUAGAAAUCUGUUGCCUGAAAAAGAUAAGGGGAAUGAAAAGUAUACAAUACCAGAACCAACAGUAACUAGGGAGACUUUAAUUCAUUAAUCUUACCUGUAUCUUCCUUGCAAAUUGGAUGUUCAUAAUGGAACAGAUAGUUAUUACAAAUUGUAUUUUAGUGUCAGUCUUAAAUUAAAAAAUGUACUUAUUUGUAUGAAUAUAACUAGUUUAAUAGUUAAGAAAUAUGCAACUUAGGAUGAGAAAACUAAAUUUGGCUCCAUGCCACUUCAUGGAAGAAUAUUUCAUCACAUUUCCAAUGUUGUUUCAUGAUUCAUUAAACUUCAUUCCUUCAUUCAGUGAAAGUUAUAAGAUUGACUUUCUAGGAAAUCUUAAACUUGGCUGUUAUGUGCCACACAGAUACUAUUGAAACUUUUGUGCUGCCAACAGGGAGACUGCACAAAUGACAAUGUAUUUAUUGACCAACCAUCAUUAAUUGAUGCUGUACAUCCAUGCUGUGCAUUUAUUUAUGGUUUGCCUUCAGUCUUUACGCUUUGCAUUUUUGUCUUCCAUGUUACCGGUAGUUAGCUUUCUGAUAGAUUCUUACGAUUUUCCUUAAAAAGAUAAGUCAUGCCUAAGAGUUUAUCACCAAUUUUCUGGACAACACUCAGAGCAUGAACUAUCCUACAAACAGGAUACGCUCAUGCUCCAUCUUAAUAGACAAAUCACUCCAGAUCUAAUCCCAUGUCAGAAAUGUGAGUGAACGCUUAACACUCAUUUAUGGAUAACGAAAACCUUAAGCCACAAGAUCUGCGAUUGCAGACACGUUUCCAGAUGCCUUGAUGUGUCUUCAUGAAUCUUAUGACAAUAUUAUGUGGGUUGCCAGAAACAACACCAACCAGAUCCAUACAUUUGUUGUGAUUAAGGUUACGGACAUGAUUUCCAGAUUGUGUUAUCUACUCAGUGCAGUCAGACCACUUUGUCCAAUAAACUUGUUGGUGAUGACCUUUUCAUCUGAAAAGGUGUCUGUUCGGUUGAAUGAUUGAUUGUUGCUAUGACUUUGUGGAUAAAAGUUUCUCAAAGAAAUUCUCAUUGUGUUCAUAGACUUUGUAUCUAGGGUUCACUUAUGUGAGUGUGUGUGUUCACUUUCUGUUACACAUUUUAAAUAUGAUGGUGUUGUUUAGUCACAACGGUUCAGAGAUUGAUGUGACAGCAGUAUUAUUCAGUAAAAUCUUUUAAUUAAAAAAAUUUCUAUUUUAAAAAAAGCUUAUUAAAAGUAAAUACAAUU